AUGGAGAUCGCGGUAAUCGGAGUUGCAGGAUUUAAUCGGCACACUCGUAAAGGGAAGAGCGAGAUCUGCGUAAUAACCUUUCAGCAGAUUGAAGAGGUCAUCGACAAUCGCCUCGCGAUACUUGACCCCCAAGAAGCUGUUGACUUACGGGAGAAGAUCCCCAAGGAGUACCAUAAUUACCUUGACAUUUUCUCUAAAAAAGCUUCUGAUCAGCUCCUAUCACUGCGUAAAAAGAACUACCGGCUGACCCUGGACCCGGAAACGUCACCGGGUGAGACUAUCGGCAACGGACCUCUCUACAAGAUGUCCAUCGAAGAGCUGGAAGCAGCUAAACAGUAUAUUAUAGAGAAUCUCGACAAAGGGUUUAUCAUCUCUAGUGGAGUACCGUUCGCGUCUCCAAUCCUGAUGGCCAAGAAACCGGAUGGGGGCCUACGGUUCUGCGUAGACUACCGUCGACUAAAUAGUAUCACGCAGAAGGACCGUUACCCGUUUCCGCUAAUUAAAACAGAUGCUUCAGACGAGACUAUUGCAGGAGUUCUCUCUCAGGAGUUCGAGAGAUCCUGGCACCCGGUUACCUAUUACUCUAAGUCUAUGUCAGGUCCCGAGCGCAACUACGAUAUCCAUGACAAGGAGAUGCUGGCAAUCAUUUACGCUCUAAAAGAAUGGCGUCCGGAGCUAGAGGGACUACAACGAACUGACCGAUUUAAGCAAGCCAUCCGUAACGAGCGUACGCUAACUACGCAGCUCUGCGUUCUCGAGAACCUAAAGGGGAUCAAGAUUGUUGACCAAGUGUUAGCCGCUAACCGGUCCGCUCCCUCACUGGAGGACCAGCGUGCUCAGGCACAGGAGCCAAAUGAUAACUGGUCGUUACAGGAUGGAUUACUCCUGCACCAGAGACGUCUUGUAGUCCCGGAAGAAGAUCUAGAGCUGCGCACCCGAUUUCUAGAGAAAAUAUAUAGCCAGCGUUCGACCGCCCACCCGGGACGCAUGAAAACCCGCCGCCUUUUCCAGCAACGAUUCUACUGGCCGGAAUGGGGUCGAGAUGUAAACCGCUAUAUCCGAAACUGUCAGUGUCAGACAGAUAAGGUCCCUAGGGACAAGACCCCCGGCCUUCUCCAAUCGCUACCGGUUCCUCUGCAGUAUCAGGCCAAAUGGAGUAACGCAGAUGAUGACCCGACCUGGUAUCCGGCGAGCAACUUUAUCGGCUGCCCACAUUUGGUGCAGGAAUAUUAUCGGCAGUAUCCGGACAAGCCAGAGCCCCCGAGACGUUUAGGUGCCUGGUUGGAGGCAUACAAUGGGGAGGAAGAAUUCGAGAUUACGCGAGAGGAUGAAUUGCCGGUUUAA